AUGAACUAUGAUGAUAAGGACUCUCCAGACUAUGAAGAUCAUUUUGAUUCUGAAAAAGAUGCGAUUUUCGUGCAAAAAUAUCUGAAAUUAAUGGAAAUGGCCAGAGCUCCAACACGUUCAGUUGUUGAGAAAAAAUCAAAAGUUGAAGAGCAUUAUUGGUGUUUUCUGAAAAGACCAGAGCAUAUUCAAAAAGCUAGAAAUUGGCUAAAAAUGGCUGGAAUUGAAGUAUAUUCUGCAUAUUUCGAUGAUAGAGACAAUUCACUUUUCCCUGAGAAUGCGGCAGUUCAGAUACUGGUAAUGUCAAAUCAUUCGAUCGAAUCAAAAAUCUCAAUUUAUUGUAACAUUUUCACUCAUACUUCCUACUCAACAGUCAAAGGUUAUAUACGAGAAAUCUGGCAAACUGGAUGGGAUCCAAGAGAUUCGUUCCAAGUUCCCAGCCUCAUAACUUGUCCGAUUUCUAGAAGAAUUGAAAAUAAAGAUGAAAUGAGUGUUUCUUUGACUAGAAGACCAUGUUUAAGCACUGAAAAUACAAUAGAAGUUAUUAAAAAACCAGUGUUUUCUGGAAAUGAAACGAGGAAAGAUGUUGCUGUUUGUGUAAAAGGACUGGAUUAUCAAGAAGAUAUAUCCGAUCGACUACUAGAAUGGAUUGAAAUGCAAUAUGUUUUCGGAGCAGAUACUGUUACAAUUUAUCAUUUCCAUUUAUCAGAGAAGACUCAUAAAGUGUUGGAAUAUUACAAAGAAAAAAGAAAAUUACAAGUCAUUCCACUAUCAUUACCAUCUGGAAAUCCAAAUAAUCCACUGGAACGAAGUGCUUUUCUAAAAGCAAAUCGUCCACAAAAGAGACGACAUGAACUUCUUCCAUACAAUGACUGCUUUUAUAGUCAUAUUCAUACUCAUCGUUAUGUUCUUAUACUUGAUAUUGAUGAAAUUAUUGUUCCAAUUGAACACGAUAAUUACGGGGACUUGCUUCGAAACUUUGAACUCAAAACAUCUGGUAUUCGAUUGAGUUCAAUUUCCAGCCGGAAUGUAUUCAAGUUUCCAUCCAAUUUUACACUUUUCCCACAUUAUAACUACAUGAUCUCAAACAAAAAACGGUCGAAAAAGACGAGUCCAAAAGGAGAAUACGGGAAAAGUUUUAGUAGCACAUCGACGGUCGCCACUGUUUUCAAUCAUUUCGCACUUCAUAAAUUGUCUCCAGCAGUUGCAAAAUCUCAAUAUUUCUCUUCUUCUGAAGCUCUGAAACUGCAUUAUAAAUCUGAAUGUCCUUGGGAAUCUCGAAAUGAAUGUCAUCAAUUACAAUACGAUGUUAUAGAUGAUCAAAGUUUGGAUCGUUUCGAGGACAAGCUGAGACGUCGACUCAAUGAAAUUGUCAUGGAAAUCGGAAUAAAGUGA